UGGCCAUUUGAGAGCUUCCUACCUCAAUUAAAUAAAAAAAGAAAAGAAAGAAAACUGAGGGCCUAAUUGAAGAAGAAGAUAAGUUGAAGAAGAUAGAAAGACACAGACAGAGGAAGAGAGAAAGAAAGAAAGAAUACAGACAGACAAAGAGAAGGAAGACGAGCGCCGUUUUCAGAGAAGCAAGGACAGGAGAUCCCACGUGGUCACGGCAAACCAACAGCAAAGCCCUGGACGAUUUAGGGUUCUUGGUCUUCUUUUGUAUAAUUAGGCAUGGUAGGAUUUCAGUUAAAGUUGGAGGAAAAGAUAAGAUCUUCCAUUCGAGUCUGAUUCGAUUUCACGAAAGAGAGUGACCGCGGAUCGAAAGCUUGUUUCUUUCGAUUCAUUUCCCCGAUUCAACGAGUGAUAGCUUUGCAGACCCUUCGAUCUUCCGAACCGGGUCGCGUUGAAGACAAAUCCAAAGAUUGCAACAUUGUCAUCUGGGAAGCUCUACACUGCUUGUUUAGAUCAGUCAGUCCCAGGAAGGAAAAAAAAUAAAUUGAGAAAACAUGUCAUGUACGCCGUUGACGCCUUUCCUUAGGGUUUAGAAUUCGGAACUCAAACCCCUUUCAGGCCCAAUAAUCAUGUGCUAUAUAUACAUGUUAUAAUUUCUGUCUACGCCGCCACCCCCAUUUCUUUGCUUCCUCGUUAGAUCGAUCUCAAAACGGAACCAAAUUCGAUUCAAGUCUGAACUAGGAUUAGGGUUACUUUCCCUAAUCCAAUCUUAGAAUGGCCGAUCACGAAGAUGAUGAUUUCAAGAUGGCUUUGAAGAUGAGUAUGCAGCUUGAGACGCCGGAGCCCAAGAGGAGCAAGCCGUGGGAGAAUUCUGCUAGCGAAGGUUCGCCAAAGGAGGAAUCUGAGAUUAUGAAAAGGAGAGUCCAGCGGAAUCUGAUGGCUGCUGCGGCUGAGAAGCGGAUGAUGUCUGCGAUGAACAAUGCUGUACAAACUGAGAAGAAGGUUGAGAAAGAUGUUGUUUUUAAGCAGGAAGAGAUAGGGAAUUCUUCAGAUACGCAAAUGCAGACUGUCUCCGAUGAUUGCAAGAACAAUUGUUUGGACUUUGGCCUUCAACUUUCGCCUGAUGAGGCAAACCAGCUGUUCUCAAUUGUGUUUGGCGGUGAUGUCACGAAAGGGAUUCUAGCACAAUGGAGCAAUCAAGGAAUAAGGUUUAGUCCUGAUCGGGAAACAUCUAUGGGAUUAGUGCAACAUGAAGGAGGGCCUUGUGGUGUGUUGGCUGCCAUUCAAGCUUAUGUCCUCAAACAUCUAUUGUUCCCUUCAGAGGAACGUAGCUUUGCAUCAAAAAACCAUUUUGUAGCACCUGUUGAAAAUCUUACUUCUUUUCCUGACAAAGUAAAGUCGAGGGCUCUAAUUAGAGGUAUGGCUGAGAUUUUAUUUUUGUGUGGAAAUGGUGAGAGGGCUGUUAUUGCAAAUCUGAGUAUUUUCAACAAUGCGAUUCAGGGAUCUGAAGGUUUGAUGAAUGAUGUGAUUGUAAAAGCACUUGAAGGCUUUUCGAUUCAAUCGGGUUCUGAUCUGCAAAGAGUUCUCAGAGUUGAGUCUCAGAAAUCAAAGGAAGAUGCAAUCCAAAGACUUGAAGCUAUGCUUCCUGUUUUCAACAGUCGUAUGGGAGCAUUGCUGUUUCUCAUUUCUGCUCUACUUUCCAGAGGACUGGAUUGCAUCCAAGCAGAAAGGGAUGAUCCAAGUCAACCUUUGGUCACUGCUCCAUUUGGGCAUGCAUCACAGGAAAUAGUGAAUUUGUUACUAUGUGGAGAAGCUGUGGCCCAUUUGUUUGAUGGACAAAUGGAUUUAGGUGGUGGAAUGUCAUUAAAAGGGAUAUCAAACAAUGUAGAAGUAGGAUUCCUAACAUUACUGGAAUCCCUAAACUUUUGCAAAGUUGGUCAGUUUCUGAAAUGCCCAAAAUGGCCAAUAUGGGUUGUGGGAAGUGAAUCACAUUAUACAGUCCUAUUUGCUCUGGAUUCAUCAGUCCAAGAUGAGAACGAGUUUGAAAGAAGAGAAUCCCAGAUCCGAAGAGCUUUUGAUGCAAGAGAUCAAAGCGGAGGAGGUGGUUUCAUCAGCGUUGAAAGUUUCCAUCAAGUAUUGAAAGAGACUAACGUGAGUCUCCCCAUCCAGAAAAUGGACAGUCUCUGUAGUUCCGGUUUCAUCGUCUGGAGUGAGUUCUGGCAAACGCUGUUGGAUUUAGACAAUAGCCUUGGUGGGUUAAAGGAUUCGAGUGGUUUAAAUGGGAAGAAAGUUUUCAAUGUUUACCAUUUCAAUGGUAUUGCUAAAUCGGUUCCUGGUUCUGAGGUUCUUAUACAAAAGCCUAGCUUUACUCCUUUGAGAGUUUCGGUUCCUCCCAAGUGGACACCUGAGGAAUUCCUGACCUUGCCGCCGCCAUCGGGUUCUACUGUUGAGUCGUCGGAGCUGCCGCCACCGCAACAUGCUCCGUUGGUUGACUGUAUUCGAACAAGAUGGCCUAGAGCUGUUUGCAAUUGGGUUGGCGAUUCACCAAGUAUUGUGUAGAAGUUUGAAUUUGUCCUUCCUUGGGUUUGAUUAAGAAGUGUAAUGUAGUUUUUUUUUUUUUUUUUUUUUUUUGAGAAUCUGUUAACUUAUGAUUAAAUUAAUACAUAGUGACAGUUUAAUUAGUU